UUCCUGAUCCAUCGGUUCCCCGCCGUCCUCCUUCAUUGCGACCCUGGGCAGGGAAAGACGCCCCUCCAUUUUCUGUGUGAGGGAGGAAGGGAGGGAGGGAGGGAGGGGGGGGGGGAAGAAAGGGAGGCUGCCCUCGCGCUUGCAUUGCGAGAAGGCAUUGAGGCCUUAUGGAUCAGGGAUAAGGAGGGAAGAACCCCCCAGGAGCUAGCUGAGGAGCCCUCGGUGUCCUUGGUUCUGUACACGGCUGGUAUUCAGUAUCAGACACUGCAGGCGCAGCUGGGAUGGGAAGGAAAAAGGGAGGGAGGAAGCAAGGAAGGGAGGGAGGGAGGGAGGGAGGGAGGGAAAAAGGGCGCAGAAGACAGCAGGUUUUGCCAACGAAGCGUGGUUGUGCUCGGGGACGAUGCGGCAGGUGGGAAGGAGCGCAUGGAGGAGGAAGAAAGGGAAAAGAGAGAGAGUGGGAGAGGUGUCAGAGAAGAGGAGGGACGGGCUCUUUUGUUGAUACUGAGAGGCUCUUCACUUCCUCUUCUCACUCCAGGCAUCGCAUACCUGCGCUCCCUCCUCCUCCCUCCUGGGGCCUGUGCCCCCUCCGCCUCCUCGGACUGUAUCACCCACGACAUUGUCCUCCUUCCUCCCUCUUGCCCUUCCUCACCCCGCCUCGAGACCUCCGGGGGAGGGAGGGAGCGGGACCUCCAGUCCCCA